CUUUUGAUGUGCCGAAUUUUUCUAUCAAGUUAUGGUCAAAUUAUUUUUAAAAUAAUGAUUUAUCGGGGACUUAACUAUUCAAAAAGUGUUAUAAUCUAAAUUUAUACGUAAUUGUUAGAUGUUUGUAGUUGGGUUUCAAAAGAAUUUGAUUCGUAAAUACAUUGUUUAAAAGGAAUAACAUUUAAAAAUGGCCCCAAAUAUGACCAAGCGUCCAGUUGGCGCUCCUAGUGUUUUAUUCAAUGAAGAUGAUUCGGAACCAUCUGUCGUUGAUGAAGGAAAUCAGAUAGCUGAAGGAGAAACUGUUGAGAAUAACAAAUACAAACCAUACAGAUAUCAAAGACAAAUCGUCUGGCGAAACGUUGCUUUAUUUGUUUACCUACAUAUAGCUGCACUGUAUGGUGCAUACCUAAUGUUUGCUUCUGCAAAAAUAGCAACAUCAAUUUGGGCAAUUUUGCUGUAUCAAAUGUCCGGAUUGGGAAUUACUGCUGGAGCCCAUAGGCUAUGGGCACAUCGAUCAUACAAAGGAAAACUUCCUUUACGUAUUAUUUUAAUGAUCUUCAAUACAAUUGCCUUUGAGAAUCAUAUUUAUGAAUGGGCCCGAGAUCAUCGUAUGCACCACAAGUAUAGUGAAACAAACGCUGAUCCUCAUAAUGCCAAACGUGGAUUUUUCUUUUCUCAUGUUGGAUGGUUGUUGUGUCGUAAACACCCGGAAAUAAAAGAAAAAGGACGUGGUAUUGAUAUGAGUGAUUUAGAGCGGGAUCCAGUUGUAGUAUUCCAGAUGACGUAUUAUUUGUUGUUGAUGCCGGUUUUAUGUUUCUUGAUUCCUACGUGUGUGCCUGUAUUUAUGUGGGGUGAAACGUGGUCCAAUUCAUGGUUUGUGGCUACCAUGUUCCGAUAUACUUUCACUUUAAAUAUGACAUGGCUUGUAAAUAGUGCUGCCCAUAUGUGGGGUGAUAGACCUUAUGACAAAUUUAUCAAUCCUUCUGAAAAUAUUGGUGUAGCAUUAGGUGCUCUCGGUGAAGGAUGGCACAACUAUCAUCAUGUAUUUCCAUGGGACUACAAAGCAGCAGAAUUGGGAAAUUAUCGUGCUAAUUUAACUACUGGGUUUAUAGAUUUCUUUUCUAAAGUAGGCUGGGCAUAUGACUUGAAAACAGUAUCUACAGACAUGAUACGCAAACGUGUUGAUCGAACUGGUGAUGGAACUCAUAGUAGCAUUUGGGGAUGGGAAGACAAAGAAUUGUCACCAGAAGACCGUGAAGAAGCCGUUAUCAUCAACAGAUCCCUUGUUGGGUAAAAAAUAGUUUUUAGAAAAUGUUUAUACGAAGAAAAUAAACCAAUUACAGUUUGUUUUUCUUAAUAAAAAAAAAGAGAAAUUAAUAGAAUGCUGAAGUGUUAAUAAGAAGGGGGGAAACAUAAUUGACAGAUCCAUACACAAACUUUUAACAAUGUAAAUAAAGAUAUAUUUUAAAAAAAAAGUUUAAACAAAAAGUUAAAACCGUUUUCCUUAGUUAUUAUAUUUUAUGUAAUAAAAUAUAAAUAUGUAUAGUAUUUUAUAAUUUUAAUUAAUUUAUUAAUUUUUUUUAUAUACAUUUUUGGAGCCAUAAUUUUCAAAAAAAUAUAUUUAUGAUAAAGUCCGCUUUUUUUUCAUUUUAGUUCCUAAUCAUCAACAAGUUUGUUUAAAAAAUAAUGUACUAUUCUACAACUUUAAAAUAUGUACAUGUCAUAUUAAUUAUCAGUUUACCACUAGGUUGGUUAACCGGCUUACUGGAACAGUAAUAAUAUUGUAUUGUAUUUUAUCUUGUGGUUAUUUGUGAAUUAUUUUGUUUUACAUAAUAAGAACAUAAGAACAUUUUUAAAACAUGAAUUAAAAAUAUUUAACAAGUAAAACUAACUUGGCUCCAUUUCAUACAAUAUUUGAUGUUUUUCAAGUAAAUAUAUUAUAUAUAUAUUCAUCUUUUUUAAUACAAUUUCUUUAACUAUACAUUUUUUUUUUUUGCAAUUAUUAUCUAACAACUCAAAUGAUGCAUUGAUAAUUAAUAUCCUAUUGGUAACCUUUAAAAUUAUGAGUUAAAGCCCUCCGAACUUGGUAGAUAAACAUUUUGUGUACUACUACAAUAUAAAAAAUCAUAUUUAUAUAAUAUAUUAUAUAUAUUUAUAAAUAUAUACAUAUUGUAGUAAUUUAACAUUAUAUAUUAUUUAAUAAACAAUAAACCCUUGGUUAUGAAA